UCGAGACGCUGAACGAGGAAAUAAAAUGAAGGUCGUAUUCAUCGCUUUGAUACAAUGCCUCUUCAUAGCAAGGAUUAAAUCUGGACCUUCGAGCACAUUGUUUUCAUCAAAAACAACAAUCUACGAGACUAUAAUAAAUGGCAAAAUGUUACAAAAUAGUGAGAUCACUACAGUGUUUGUUGAGAAUGUGCUGCAGUGUCUCAGAGAGUGUAAUAAAAUGAAUACAUGUGUUUCGGUGAAUUUUGAAAUAAUUGACCCAAGUGCUGGCGGCAAACGAUGUGUGUUGAACAAGAAUGUCAUUGGAGAAGGAUUCGCCUUAGUGGAUGACACCAACUAUCAAUACGUGCAGAUGUCCAAACAACACCUUGCAAAUUCUAAAGUGAAGUGCUCCAGAGAUGUUCACAAAAGAAAUCUUUUAUGUGACGCAAAACCAUGUGCCAAUCACAAACAUAACUACAAUGGACAUUGUUAUGAAUUUGUCGAAUCUCCAUUGACGACUUAUGAUGAUGCCUCACUGUAUUGCCAAGCAUUUGAUGGCUAUCUGGUCUCCAUUAACGAUGAAGCAGAGAGUAAUUUUGUGAACACGAUUCUUGAUGGUUCAACUUAUCUCACAUACAUGGGCUUGAAACAGAAGAACCCGACUGUAAACAUUUAUGAAACUUGGGACGAUGGCACCCCUUCCGUAUUUACAAGAUGGUCGGUUGGUCAACCCAAUUCUGCUGGUGAGCAAUGUGUUGUAUUUCAUCACUCCGAUUAUCAGAAAUGGCAUGACGUCUCCUGUGGAUCCGCUGUUCAGUUUAUAUGUGAGUCACAACAAGGACCCUCGUUGGACUCAUUUGAUGGCCCUUACUAUCUCCAGCCCAAAAGUGAUAACUCGAGCUACAUUGGGGUAAUGAACACAAACCAACUCUGGCUCUCUAACCAAACGGCCACUUUGGAAGCCUUCUAUUUCCAAACACCAGGGCUCACGCGGUUAAACCACUCGGUCACGCUAAUUUCUGAUGACAAAGGGGGGAACGUGAUGCAUGUAACUGCUCAGACCGUCUCACUUCAGAACGAGGAGAAUCAUGAUUCUAAUGUCAAUUUUCUACAAGAAUCAUCAUUCACAUUUGUUGAAGAUGAAUUUUGGCCAGGAUUUAUAACAUUACACUCGUCUACUGGGGACUACUUAAGAGUUUCGGGAGGGCAGUUGGUUGCACAAGGGUAUGAGGAUACAGCUGCAUUCAAAAGUAGUGCAAGCUUUCAGUUGAUAGCCUCUCCUUGAGAAUAAUGCAAAACUGAUGCGCUUGACUCGCUCCAACUUAACAGCAGCGUUCAAAAUCAUUGCAGGGGCAAUCAGUUUUACUAU